CAUACGCCUUUUCAUUGCUCUAAAAAAAACAUCUUGUUUACAGAACCGUCGCAAAUAAAACUUUCCUCGGAAAUUCAGUAACUCGUCAGGAUGAGCUCACAUUCGUCAAAAGACUGGGAGUCUGAUGCUCCACCCGCUUACCAUGACGCGGUAAACGGCCACUCCGCGAGCAGCUCCUCGUCAUCAAAUGCCUUUGUUGCGACUAGUCAACUCCAGGUCCAAGCGAUAGGAUAUGACGCAAACCAGGCGUAUAUCGGCAAGACACUGGAACAAAUUUCCGUCUACCGUGUGGACUCUGGAGCAGUAGAGUAUAUCUCUCUUCGACCGAAGAGAUCUUCCAACUCUUGCGCUCUCGUCCGCGGUUCCGACCCGAAUCAUACUCCUCUGAUCUCAACCAUCUACCGCUGGGGCCCGGGUAGAUCUCCCAGAAUGAGAAUUUUCCCUCCUAGGACCUCCAUCUCGGUCGAGGACGCCAUCGAGGCCGAGGAUGUGAAGUGUGAACUGGUCGAAGUCCAGAGUCGCUCUAUCUUCUCGCGCUCGCAGAGAUUUGACACGUCUUUAGGCUCAUUUGAGUGGCGGUACGGGGGUCGCGCCGAGCGCGAGGAGGCGUACAAUGCAGCUUCACUUCUGAUCCUGGAAAGGACUGAUCCCGUUUCGUCAGUGGACGGCAAGGUGGGGAAGAGAGGUGUUCGUGUUGCGCAGUUGGUGCGCAACGACGAGUUUCGGACCCCCGGCACGAAGAAGCACAUGGGUGGCAACGGGGGCAGACUCAUGUUGAAUAUGAGCUCCUGGACAGAUGAAAAGAAAACAAGCACCAGAAACGUCGAAGCGUUCAUAGUGGCGAGCUGCAUUUGUAUGUUGAAGAGGGAGGCAGAUCGGUUCAAAGACAAUGAGAUCUCAAUCCUUGUGUAAUUUUGUUUUAGCCUUACUCGAUAC